AUGCCCGUCAAAAUUCUUGCACUACUAUUCGCCCUCGUGCCAUUGAUCCACUCGGUCGCUGAUCCGGUUCCCGACGAGCUACAAUGUGAUGUGCGAUGGCCUGCCUGCGUCGAGGGAUAUUACUGUAACCCGGUGUGGGUAUGCUCAAGCAGGUGGUGCCCGACGGCCGGGAAAUGUACUCCGAUCCGACAAGAUGCAACCAAAUGUGACCUGCACGUGAAGAAAAACCCCUGCGGACGGUACCAAUUUUGCGCAAAGCUCUCUAACGAAACAGAAGGGCGAUGUGCCGAAUAUUUCCCCAGCCUACACGAGUUGACAAAAGACAAUAAGCAGCUAGGUGCAUGGCAA